GUCGUGAUAUAGGUCGAGCGGUGAGGGGGCGGCAGGGAUUCAUCUCGGGAGCAUGUCUCAUCUCGCGGCGGGCGACGGCUCUAGUACGUCCGCGGUCCCGCAGCGCGCAAGCCAUCUCCACACCAAGACAGCCAUCCAGGACUGACUAAUCGCAUAUUGUGUGGAGCUUGAAGAGUUUGGACCAGGAGUAGGCGCCGGGCGCUGGCCUGGGCAUGGAUGAGAGGGGCGAGACAGUUCACCUGCGGGCCGUCCAAGACCCCGCUGAGAGCUCCUCACCAAUACCCGCCAAAGAAGAUCCGGACGAAGACUACGACCCUCAUUUACAUCGGAAUUUGCCGAAGCCCACCAAUAAUAUAGAGACGUUGGUGCACCUGCUGAAAUGCAGCCUCGGCACGGGCAUCCUGGCGAUGCCGCAGGCAUUUGCGCGAGCCGGCCUGGUCACUGGGAUUAUCGCCACCGUCCUCGUCGGGAUACUGGUCACUCACUGUUUGCAUGUGCUUGUGCGGUCGCAGUACGCGGCGUGCAAGCACCUGAGGGUGCCGCUGCUGACGUACCCCGAGUCAGUGUCGACGGCGCUAGGCUGCGGACCGGCGGCACUGCGGCGGUUCGCGCGCCCCGCCGCGCUUGCUGUCGACAUCUUCCUCGUGGUGUACCAGCUCGGCAUAUGCUGUGUCUACAUCGUCUUCAUAGCUGAUAAUAUUAAAAAGGUAGUGGACCCCUACUACGUGAUGGCGGUAGAGAUCCACAUGCUAAUAAUACUGGGGCCCCUCAUCGGAUUCAACCUAAUCCCGAGUUUGAAAAUGUUAGCACCAUUCUCUGCGUUGGCGAAUGCUUUGACAUUUGUGGGUCUGGGCAUAGUGGUGUAUUACCUCCUGGCAGGCAAGAAGCCAGAGGCGGCUGAAGACCCCUUGGAUCUAUGGGGUUCAGCUGACACCUUCCCCCUGUUUUUUGGUACAGUGCUGUUUGCUCUCACCGCAGUUGGAGUGGUAAUUGCUCUCGAAAACAAUAUGAAGACUCCGAAAGCCUUCGGCUCGCCGUGUGGCGUCCUCAACUCAGGGAUGACGAUCAUAGUGGUGUUGUACGUGACUGUAGGCGCUAUCGGCUACGUGUUCUGCGUGUCCAAGUGCAGUGAUUCCAUCACACUGGAUUUGCCCAAAGACGACCCGCUGGCCACGAGUGUCAUAAUAAUGUUUGCAGUGGCCAUCUUCAUCAGCUACUGCUUGCACUGUUACGUGCCCGUCGAGGUGCUGUGGAAGGGUUACCUGCUGCCGCGAGUACAACGCUCGGCGCCCAACCGAGAACGUCUCUACGAGUAUGUACUGCGAGUGGCACUUUGUCUUCUCACUUUUGUACUGGCGGUUGCAGUGCCUCGUCUUGGCCUCUUCAUAUCACUAUUCGGAGCGUUGUGCCUAUCAGCGCUCGGUAUCUGCUUCCCAGCGCUCAUGGAGGUGUGUGUCAACUUCCCUCAGAGAGCCAGCACGGCUAGAAAUAUCUUAUUUGGCAAGGAUGCUCUCCUGUUCAUUAUAGGUAUAGUUGGUCUGAUUGCGGGCACUUACACCGCUUUGGUGAGCAUAGUGCGCUCGUUCCAACCAGUGCCAGAAGUAGUACCGCAGGCUUGACGUGCUAUAUAAGCCACGUAGACAAUGUCGUACCAAAGACUUCUCAUACCGCACUAGCUGUGUGUUCCUGCGGAUCUAUUAUGUAUCUCGGUGUACGGUUAUAAUGAAUCACUUCGUCGUUUUUGCAAUCAUCUAGCAUAGGCAAGUUAACACUUUUUUUAACUAGUCCUAAAUAGUUCAUUUUUUUAAAUUUUCUUUGAGACGUGAUUACAUGAAAAUUUUAGUUUUUAAAUAUAUUUUUGACAAUACGAGCCAAAACGCCUGUCGGCCAUGAUGGUCUAUAUUUCUACUGUUUCAUGACGUCAUUAUAAAAAAUCCCUUACAAACGGAGCAUUUUACAUAAAUAUUAGAUAACAAUUAGUUUGACGUAUAAACAUCAAGUAACUUUGAUACGUCACAAAAUGGACGACAGCAUUUUUGACGUUUGGAUAAUUUUAAAAAAUACGUGAUUUUUAAAUUAAGUCCGAUAUAUUUCGGACCGUUAUUCCAUAAACUAUGGGAAAUUAAUAUUGUUUAUAUUAAAUUUGAUAUGAGUCAACUAUCUAAUAUGUUUUCAAUGGAAUUACAUAAUUAUCUUCGUAUAACUGGUCAUUUCGUUUAAAAAUAUAGAUGAUCUUUACAACAAAAAUAUACUGCCACUUGAUGUAAAAUGUCGUAGUCAAGGUGAUUUCGUUGAAAUAAUUGUUAGAUUUAUCACAAAACGAACGUAGUAACUCCAUAAACCAAUGAUGAACAAAGAAGAUAACCUCAUUCCAAAUUACAGUUGAAAUGUAUGAUAGCUAAUGCGGAUUCAGUUAAUUGAAUCAUCCACCGAUAUACAUAAUAGGCCCGCUGGCAGCAUCACGACAUUAAUACUUUAUCAUUCUUUUACAUGUUAAGGUGGGUACAGAUUGGUGCAAUGCAACAUGCAAUGCAAGAAUUUGACAUCCACAUUGCUGCAAUGUAUCACGAAUGCUCGUGGUUUGGACGCCUCGCGCGCACGAACUGCGCCUGGGUCGCGCACGCUCCGAGCGUUACAACUCGUGCGCGGUUCGAUCCGAGAUUUGUCGGUUUUUGGUACGAACACAAAGGGGCGCGCAGUGUGCGCAAGACUGAGCCGACUGAUUCGUAGUCAAUGCACGUACCGCGCGCGCCACACGUCCAAGGCAGCAGGGAACAUGCAAUGUAAGGCAGAAUAUUACAUUACAUGUUGCAUUGCACCAAUCUGUACCCACCUUUAGAGUCCAUCAGUGAACUACGACCUUGUGUUUUAUUUUGCGAGUCUUGAACUGUUCUGUUUAUCAAACUAAUGUAAACUAUUGUUUAUUUUUGUCAUAAAUUGCUUUCGUUUCGGAAGUAAUUAAGAAUUGGUACAAAAUAGUAUUUUAUACAUAUUGAUAUUGUUACUCGUACUAUAAAAGGUUAAUUUUAUAUCUCUGUUUUAGUUUCUUCUACUGCCUACAUACCUACAUAUAAAACCAUCGCCGAUCUGUAUUUAUAUGUAUGUUGAUAAUAAAAAAGCGCUAUUUUAAGUACUAGAAAGUCAAUUUACUAACUUUUGUGGUGAAAAAUACAAUUAGCUGUAAGCUUCUAUGUACAACGAUACAAAUUAGACAUUGUUUAGCCAGUAAAAUAAAAAACGCCUGUUAAAAUAAAAUAGCAAAUUCAGCUCAAACGAUUAUUAUCUUCUCAGCCGUUUGCAGGCGUAAAUAUACGAGUAUCUAAUAUUUUACAUAAAGUCCAUCAGUAUUAGAUAAUAAUAAUAAUUAUAAUUAAAGAACGUGGCGGAAACAAAGGCGCUUUGAGUGGUUGAUUAUAAUGAACAGAAAUAUAGAAGUUUAUUACCUACUACUAUAUCACUUUUAUUAACUAAAUCAAUAUCCAAUAUAGAUUACAGUAACUCUUUACUUAGGCUUAUAAUUAUGGUGUCUUCUUCUACUUGUACCUAAACUGAGAAGAAGGCAUUUUCUUGCCACGAGCGUUACAGUCUAGAACCGCAUAAGGGCUUACCCAAGGCCAUAAUAGUCCUUUGUAUAUUAUAAUAAUAAUAGUAUCUCCUAUGCAGUGGCGGAUUUACAAACUUGGCGCCAGUGGGCUGUUAAAUUUUUGCCUUCUAAUGACCUCUGAAAUUCGCUACCCUACUCCCAUUUUUCAUAUAUGUAUAGACAGAAAAGAGUAUUGAGGUUAAAACAGUGGACACGAGAGGAUUACCAGCAGAAUCUCUCUAUAACUUGCUUAAAAACCUUGGCCUCUCUAGAACUGCAGCAAGUUUUAUCUUAGAACGGGUAUCUGCUUUAAUAGGAUCUUACCAAGUUUGGCUACGGAGUGUUAUUCGAUUGUCAAGGAAUUCAUUAACCAUACAUCCUGUAGUCACAAAUCCAGGACUCUGCUCGAAGCUUUUCUCUCUACCACGCGAUGGACCCGGCACCUGCACAGUGAAUCCAUGGAAGGCUAAGAUAUUCGUCUCAUUUAAAAAUGGUUUUCUUUUUAUGUUAGACAAUAUUAUGUUCUGGACCAAAUUUGCCGCCCCGCAAAAUCUGCCGCCCUAGGCUUCGGCCUACUCAGUCUACUAAAUCCGCCACUGUUCCUAUGUUAUUUUUAUUGAUAGUAACAAUAAAUACAAGAAACUCGUUAGCCUGUGAUAGUUAACAUCGGCGUGCUAUGCUUCACGAUAGAACGAGAGCUUGCAUAGCCAGAUUUACCUCAUUCUAAGACUGAAAGCCUAAAUUGUGUUUGAUUUUGGAAGGUAGAGGGUUUUAUGGGUGCAAUCUCCCAACCAUUGUUCCAGUAUAAAACAUGUCAAAUUAAAAUUAAUUUACUUCAAGUAGGCUUAGUUUACAAACACUUUUGAAGCGUCAGUCAAAACAGAUUGACUAUUUGUAUAGACUCUACCACCGGUUCAGAAGGCAGGUUCUGCUGAGAAAGCAGGCAAGAAACUAAAGAGUUGCUCUUAAAAAAAAGAAGCACACGUUAUUCUAAUUCUAGGUCUGUAUACUUCCUGUGUGAGAAAUUAAAUAUCACUUAUCUCAACUCUCAAACAGUGGAGGAAAGACAUCGUGAGGAAACCUGCAUUCCUGAGAAUUUUCUUAUUUCUCUACGUGUGUGAAGUCUCCCUAACCGCAUUUGGCCAGCACGAUGGACUAAGGUAUAUACACUCUCAUUGUGAGAGGAGACACGUGCUCAACAGUGAGCCGAUUAUGGGUUGAUAAUGAUAUUUCCCUCGGCUUAAUGAGGAGGUUCCUCACUCUGGAGCCUUGACCACCGGUUGCUUGGAAACUCAAAUGUCCCGCAGCGGGAGGGUGAAUUUUUUUUACAAAUUUUUAAUAAUGUUUUGUUUUUAUACUUAUAUUGUUAAAAAUUUAAAAAAAAAGGAGUAAUAAAUAAAUGAAAGUUAAAGAUUUGAGAAGUCAUGUCCCAAUCACUUAGCUUCACAGCAACUCAUCGCACUCAUGCUAAGGGUCUGACGAUUGGAGACAUGAUUCUUCAUCCUGUAGAAAAUAUAGAAAAAAUACGCUUUUUACUUUUGUUUGUAUUCUUAAGUCUUAACUUAUUGCUUUAUACUUGAACAAUUGAGGAUAUGGACCCUUGAAUUUGCCACUAUGUCUAAAAUUCAUAACUGCUUACCCAAUGUGUAGAAUGAGGAUUGUCUUGCUUUCAUUCUCGCGUUCUACGACGCUCAUUGUAUUGUGUGUAUGUGCCUUAUGAUGUGGUAGUGGAAGCUUAUGUGAACCAAAAACUUUUGAUCGACUGAUAGUGAAAUCAGUAGAUAGUUUCAGCUCCAACUUCCGCUGCGUAGUUGGUCCUUUUGACGUGUGUAGGGUGAUUGCUCCAGUAAUUGGCCUUUACAUAGUUAUUUAUUGGCUACCUUGACUAAAGUUAAAAGAAACAAGCAUAUCUAGGUAAGUACGAGAGAGAAAGUGACAUAAAUAUGUUCCCUUGCAUACACACCGUCCAUUGUAGUACGUCAGAGUAAUAACAGAUGGCGCUCAAAACAGCAGACUCUUUCUUUCGACAACAAGUCGUCACUUGUCAGUGAAGCCGCAUGCUUGUCGAAAUCUUAUGGUUUUGGUUCCUCAUUUUUAUACAAUAUGAAAUGAUAUUUCAGUUGGCUUUUUUCAACACGCGUAUAUUAGCUUCACUUGUAACUAUGUACCUACCUAUGUAAGAAACUCAAUUCUUGGAAUCUUAAUUUUACCCAAUACCGACGAUUCUUUGAUAUACGAUGACAAUACAUGACUAGCUAGAUGGCGUACUGACUAUUUGAAAUCUACCCUCAUGAUAUGGAUAUCAAAUGAAAGGGUUUGCUAUCAGAAUUACGUAAAAAUAGUCUAGACUUAAAUCCAAUAUUUGUUUGUAAUUUUUAGUACGUGCUAAAAGCGGGGUUUUUUUUAACUUUUUAAAGUUAUUCUUUUUUAACUACAAAGUUAGUAUCUUCAAAUUAAGAGUGAAAUAGAAGGCAAAGGUGUUCCGUUCUCUGCGUCUGUAUCUGCAUGUAGGUAAAAUAAUAAUAAAAAUCGGUUUCCUGGAUUCAGAGGUUACCCCUACAACACAACAAACUUUACCCUUUUUAUAAUAUUAGUAAUUAUAGAACUCAGAUUUCAAUCGGACGAUGACUUCAAGUUUCUUUGCACCGAAGAUCUAUUUUUCGAUCAAAAGUUUGAAGCACGGUAGAUCUCUAAAGGUGCACUUACACGGGCAAUGAAAAUCACUCCAUUCUAGAUAUUGAUUAUUUAUGACGUCACGAAUACAUGAAACAAUAUCCGGAAAUACCAAAGUUGCUGAAUGUAGCGCCUAGGACCCUUGCGAUAGAGAAAGAAAACCGACUAAAGUUUCCCAAACUAAUGGAUAUUCGGCAAUAAGUACGAGUAUAGACGACUUUUCGCAGUAUGGAUUAAGUAUAAUGAAUAAUUUAAAUCAAUAUUGCCGAAUAGAAUUCCAUAGGUACGUGUUGCCAAGCAUACAAUUGCUCCAUAAAUUUCUCGUGUAAGCGAACCUUAUUGAAGGUAUUAUUUUGACACUUUAGAUUCUAAAAAAUAGGCGUUAAAUAGCUGUUAAUGUGCAAAUGACGUCAUUAUUAUAACGUGAAUGUAAAGGAGUCUACAAACCAAAUCGUCAUCUUUGGCGUAAAAAACGAUUCUAUAUAGGUAAUUAUUCUGUAUUCUUUUCGAAGUCUGUUUUCAGAUGCUUUGGAUGUAGCGGUAAGUUGGGUAGAGUGCGAGUUUGUCUCAUUCGUUUGCGUAAAAGUAAACUUAAAUUUAUAUGGAACUAGCGGACGCCCGCGACCACGUCCGCGUGGAAGUCAAUGUAAACUUUCAAUCUCUAUUUCAUAUAUAUAGGUUGAAUUUUAAAACUUCUUAAAUAACGUUAUAUUUCUUAUCUUUUUUUAUGGUUUAUGAAGAAAUUUCCAAGACUGUAAACGAAGAAUUUUCUAUACAAAGUUUCUACCCCCAUUUUAUCCCCUUGGGGUUAGAAUUAAUCAAAACUCUUUCUUAGCGGAUGCCUACGUCAUAACAUCUACCUGCAUGUCAAAUUUCAGCCCGAACCGUUCAGUGGUUUGUGCUCUGCGUUGAUAGAUCACUAUAUCAGUCAGUCACCUUUGAGUUAAUAUUUAGAUUGUAACAGCAUUUGCACACAAAUUAUGUUUUCUCUUAUUUUUAUUACUACUGUGAGCUGAGGGCAUAUUGGCAGUUUGGUACUGUUACUUUCGCGUUAACGUAAACGCGAAUUUCCAAGUAAUUGAAACAGCGCCAUCUAGUUGCACUACUGUAAAACUGGUUCAAUUCGCGUUUACGUUAUGGCGAUAGUAAUAUUUUAAGCUCCCACUAGGCACACUGGUCUCUAAAAACGAACUUUCAGUUCAUACACACAUUCAUGGUCGGUUUACCACUACAUCCUUAGCCAGACGGACUUCCUGGAAAAGAUAGACCAAAAUACACGCCGACUUUAGUUUGUAGUCUCUUCAAUGUUUGCAUAUUAUGUAGUAUGUGAUUAAGUUUGUAAUGUUAUUUUUUAGAUUAAAUGUAAAUAACUACA